AUGGAUUUGAAUAUUUCCUCUCAGGAUUCUUCUUGUUUUCAUCUUCCUCAUCCGUUAUUCGAUUUAGCCUCUGAGCGAUUCAUUACAAACUUAAUAACAGCCAUCAUCAACAUCGUUACCACUCCAUUCUCUUUUAUUGCCAACAUGCUGAUCAUCAUCGCCAUUUUUGACUGUCCCCGUCUACAAACUCCUUCCAAUCUAUUGCUUGCGACUUUAGCAUUGUCAGAUGCAUUUGUCGGCCUGACAGUCCAACCAGGUUAUAUCACCUACCGGCUUAUGGAAAAUCAGCAUCGUUCAGUUCCUUGUUUUGCAAGACAUAUCUACAAUUCUGCAUUCUACGUAUGUUUUAGUGUUUCUUUCAUGACUCUAACCGCUGUGAGCUAUGAGCGCUUUGUGGCUGUUCGUCUACGUGUCAGGUACAACGCGAUGUUUUCUACGAGACGGGCUCUAAAAUAUGCUUUGGGGAUAUGGACGGUCAAUAUAUUCUUGACUGCUCUGGAAUGGGCUAAAAUAGAUAAAGCCAUGAGAGGUAUUCAUCUAACUCUUUGGUAUCUUUGCCUUCUCGUCUCAACUGUGACCCAAAUUGGCGUUUUUGUGGCCAUACGAAGACACAAUCGACGAGUUAAUGACCAACUUCAAGUGGAUGAAAAGCUACAGAGACAAAGAGAAGUGAAGCUGGCGAAAAAGAUAUUGACUGUGGUUGUAAUUUACUUUAUUUUGAACUUUCCCGUUCUAUUUGUGACAUUUUAUCAUCAGAUAUUAGGGCAAAACAUUCAAACAUACAACCACUACAGCUGGACAGAGACGCUGGCUUUUCUAAACUCCUGCUCAAAUCCAAUUAUAUGUUACUGGAAAAAGAGAGAGAUUUUUCGAAGAGUCAAAUAUCUCCUGAAGAAAUCAAUUUGCUAAAACACAUUUUUAUUCUCAUUUUUUGAACAUUUUGUUUUUUGUUUUUUGUUAUUUUUUCAUUUCGCCAAAUGUUUUGUCAAUAUCUUGACUACUAGUAUUUAAGUGUCAUAGUAAUAUUCAAAACUGGCAGCAAACUUCCGUUGAACGUUUGACAUCUGCUAUUUCAUAACUUCCUAAAUUACUGCAAGGCUUUUCAUUAAAGCCUCAGGUUGUUAAUUUGCGCUUCAUGACAAGUACUUAUUCAGGUGAUGGAUCUUUGAGAGAGUACACAACGCCUUCCAAAUAACUUCAAUUCAAUGAAAGCUCGAAUUUUCUUUCUUUUACCGCCGCAUUAGCAUCGCAGAUGAUCAAACUUUACGGAUGAGUUUCAAAAGGAAUAUUGACAACGUCAGAUGGUUUAAACGGGAGGAACUUUCGGGUCGUAACUGUUUGCAAAUAACAGCCGACUUUUUGCGUAAUAUCUAUGAUUAGUAUUUUGAAAGGUAGAGGAGAAGAUGGAAACGAGGAAAAAUGUUUGACACCACCAACCACAAAAAAAAUUUAUAUAUCGUAAGAAGUCUGUUUUUCGGUUUUUGCCGUAGUACUCUAUACAUAGAACGAGAGCGCGAUUUUUUUUAUUGAGGCAGGAAAAACAAAGAGACUACACUUUCAUCCCGACUAGCCUGUUUCGUGGUUAACUCACUCUUCCGGGUAUUUUUAUUGCAAUAAUAUUCGGGACCAUCGUUGAUAUACUACAAAAUUUGCAUAAUUGAUGUGGCGAUAAAUUUAGAUGUUCAACUGUUACGUGCGUAGCAACGCGUUGUUUCUGUGACAGCGCGAAAACACAAUUUCAUUAGAACUGUUUCCCUUCAA